AUGUCAACAACUAAGAGAAACUUAGCCAAAAUCAAAGGAUUGAGUGAAGUGAAGGUGGAAAAAAUCAAAGAGGCAUCAAAUAAGCUAGUCAACUGUGGAUUUGUUUCCGCUUUGAUCCAAUCGGAUAUCCGUACAAGGGUUGUGAAAAUCACCACUGGUUGUAAGUCUUUUGACCAAAUGCUAGGCGGAGGAAUAAGUACAAUGUCAACAACUGAAGUUUUUGGCGAAUUCAGGACUGGUAAAACACAACUAUCCCAUACAUUGUGUGUAACUACACAAUUACCAAGAGAUCAAGGAGGCGCAGAAGGGAAAGUUGCAUUUAUUGAUACUGAAGGUACCUUUCGACCUGAAAGAGUCAGGAACAUUGCUGAACGAUUUGGUAUGGACGGUAACCGAUGUUUAGACAACAUCUCAUAUGUACGUGCAUUAAAUAGCGAGCACCAACAUGAGCUUGUUGAACAAUUGGGCAUGUACUUAAGCCAAGGAGGUUAUAGGUUAAUUAUAGUAGAUUCAAUCAUCUCUUUGUUUCGAGUUGAUUACAGUGGCAGAGGGGAACUAGGUGAACGUCAACAAAAGCUAAAUCAACAUCUAUCUAAACUAGGCAGGAUUGCUGAAGAGUUCAAUUGUGCUGUUUUUCUAACCAACCAAGUUCAAUCUGAUCCAGGUGCAAGUGCAUUAUUUGCUAGUGUUGAUGGUCGGAAACCAGUGGGUGGGCAUAUACUUGCACAUGCUUCUCAAACACGAAUUCUUUUACGCAAGGGACGUGGAGAUGAACGUAUUGCCAAAAUUCAAGACUCCCCUGACUGUCCUGAGGGAGAGUGUACUUACGUUCUAGGAACCGGCGGCAUCAUGGAUGCAACUGAGUGA